AUGCCUGGAGCUCGUCGACUUCAAUUGGCCGGACUGGCCGUGCUGGGUGGCGCGGCCGCCCUGCAGAUGCAGAUGCAAGCGCAGGUCCCUGGCCAGCAAGCACCGAUGAUUGCCGACGAAGUGCCUCUCGUUUCAACCUCUCACUCGACCGCGUCCUCGUCCGCCUCCUCCUCCUCCAAGAAGCCUUUGGUCGAGACCAAGGCUCUCCAAGAUACCAUCAACGCCGAGAACCUCCUCUCGCGUGCGAAGGAGCUCUAUGAGGUUGCCAAGCUGGGAGAGGAAGAGUACAAUCAUCCCACUCGCGUCAUUGGCAGCGAUGGUCACGCCGGAACUUUAGACUACAUCUACUUCAACCUCGCCAAGCUGAGCGACUACUACAAGGUCUGGAACCAAACCUUCCCCGCCGUCUCCGGCAAUGUCUUCGAGUCUCGUCUCGUCAUUGGAGACACGGUGCCCGCGUCGGCCGCGCCCAUGGCCCUGACGCCGCCCACCAAGAACAAGGAGCCCGUGCACGGCGACCUCGUGUACGUCGAGAACGAUGGGUGUGAUGCCUCCGAUUACCCAUCUGAAGUGAGCGGCAACAUCGCCUUCAUCCGCCGUGGCACCUGCGCAUUCGGCGCCAAGAGUGAGCAGGCUGGCAAGGCCGGCGCCAUCGCUGCCGUUGUCUACAACUACGAGAGCGAGACCGUCCACGGCACUCUCGGCACCCCUUCUCCCAACCACGUCGCCACCUUUGGUCUCGGUGGCGACGAUGCCAAGCCUAUUCUUGAGAAGCUCCGCAAGGGCGACGCCGUCGACGCCAUCGCCUACAUUGAUGCCGUCGUCAACACGAUCCAGACGACCAAUAUUCUCGCCCAGACGCUCGAGGGCGACCAGGACAACUGCGUCAUGCUCGGCGGCCACAGCGAUAGCGUUGCCGAGGGCCCGGGCAUCAACGACGACGGCUCCGGCAGCUUGAGUCUCCUGGAGAUUGCCACUCAACUCACCAAGUUCAGCGUCAACAACUGCGUUCGUUUCGCCUGGUGGGCCGGCGAAGAGGAAGGCCUUCUGGGCUCCGACUACUACGUCUCGGUUCUGUCUCCCGAGGAGAACCAGAAGAUCCGUCUCUUUAUGGACUAUGACAUGCUCGGCAGCCCUAACUACGCCUACCAGAUCUACAACGCGACCAACGCUGUCAACCCCACCGGCUCCGAGGAGCUGCGCGACUUGUACGUCGACUGGUACAAGGCCCACGACCUCCCCUACACCUUUAUUCCCUUUGACGGCCGUAGCGACUACGAUGCUUUCAUCCGCAAUGGCAUCCCCGGUGGUGGAAUUGCUACUGGUGCAGAGGGUGUUAAGACCAAGGAGGAGGCCAAGCUGUUCGGUGGCAAGGCCGGUGACUGGUACGACCCGUGCUACCAUCAGCUCUGUGACGAUGUUAGCAACGUCAACCUGACCGCCUGGGAGAUUAACACCAAGCUGGUCUCCCAUUCCGUCGCCACUUAUGCCGUGUCGUUCAAGGGCUUCCCCGAGCGCACCAAGGCUUCUGCUGCUUCCACCUAUGCUCAGGACACCAAGUACCAUGGCAGCAAGCUUUUCGUCUAG